GGGGCUUACUUCCUAUAAAUAAAAGGGUGCUGCAAAUUACCAUUUCAUCAUAUUAACGACUCCGACUCUCUCUCAUUUUUGUUCUCAUUCUCGGAAUCCCCCUCAAAGUUAUUUUCAGCAAAAACUACUUUUUGUUGUUGUUUCUUCAGAAAGUGAACAAAAAAGAAAAGCUGUAAUGGAGGAAGUGAAAACAUCAAAGUUCAACAGGAUUUGUGUGUACUGCGGAAGCGCAUCCGGGAAUAAACCCAGCUAUCAAGAAGCUGCUAUCGAGUUGGGCAAGGAACUGGUGGAGAGAAGGAUUGAUUUGGUGUAUGGAGGUGGAAGCGUGGGUCUGAUGGGUCUUGUUUCUCAGGCAGUUCAUGAUGGUGGGCGCCAUGUCCUAGGGAUCAUCCCAAGAACCCUCAUGCCAAUUGAGUUAACCGGUGGCUCGGUUGGAGAAGUCAGAGCUGUGGCUAAUAUGCAUCAGAGGAAAGCUGAAAUGGCCCGUCUAGCGGAUGCUUUCAUUGCUCUUCCUGGGGGAUAUGGCACACUUGAAGAGCUGCUUGAGAUCAUCACAUGGGCUCAGCUUGGUAUCCACCGCAAACCUGUGGGGCUUCUGAAUGUGGAUGGUUUCUAUAACUCCUUGUUGUCUUUCAUUGACAAGGCCGUUGAUGAAGGCUUUAUAUCUCCAAUUGCUCGUAGAAUCAUCGUGUCCGCUCCGACAGCCAAAGAGUUGGUCAGAGAACUUGAGGAACAUGUACCAGAAUAUAAAGCAAAACUAUCAGAAAUGAGCUGGGAAGACGUUGAAAGACUCAACAAUAACUACGUGCCAGAAUCUGAAGUUUCUAUUUAAUGGUGGCGUGCAAUGAGGAUCAGAAAGCCUAUGGAAUUGAAGACUCCGUGUAGUAGUCUUUUUUGGGGUUUAGGCUAGCUUUUGGGUAAUUUUGGGGGUAUAUAUCAAUUAUUAGGCCAUAUGAAAAACAAAAAAAAAACUUUAAUGGUCGUGCUUUUGCUGGGGUUGGGUGGUACAGAAAGAAAACAUUCUGUUAUUUGGGGGAGCGCAUUUGUGCGUUUUCUCGUACAAUGAUGAAUUAUGAUCAAGACGCUUAAAAAUGUUUUAUAUACUGUAGUAACAGUACCUCCUUAGGUACCUUUUAUCUAACUUUCUUUUGUCGAACCAGCCUAUAUUAAUGCUUACGGUAUGUAGUUCUAAAUUAAG